AUGCUGUCAUCAAAGGAGGCCUUAGUUGCACAUCGGCGGACCUGUGGUGUGCCUGAUGACAAUCCUUAUUUCUUUGCCAGAGCUGAAGCAAAGAGUCACUUAAGGGGAUCAGAUGCCAUCAGACAGAUGGCAAAGGAAUGUGGGGCCAAGCAUCCUGAAACUCUGUCCUCAACCAAGUUAAGAAAGCAGGUCUCCACACUGUCCAAAGUUCUCAACCUAAAGGAUAAUGAGAUGGACACACUGGCAAAUUUUCUUGGCCAUGACAUACGGGUACACAGACAGUACUACAGACUACCUGAAGGGACACUGGAGUUGGCUAAAGUCAGUAAAGUGUUGAUUGCCCUAGAACAGGGCCGGCUGUCAGACUACAAGGGAAUGAGCUUGGAUCAAAUCCAGAUUGAUCCCAGUGAACAGGUACUAGAAGCUGUGGACAGUGACCUGUCAGAGACAGAGAUGGGCGGGGACUCAUCUUUUUGCUCCUCAGCAUCCUCAAGCUAUAAGAAAAGACGACAGCCUGUUGAGUCUGACAGUGAUGACCCUCAAACAGGGGGACAGCAAAACUCUCAUGAGCCUGGCAGUGUUGAACGUCCCACUAAAGCAUCCUCGAGCUCUAAGAAAAGACGUCAGCCUGUUGAUGCUGACAGCGAUGACCCUCAAACAGAUGGCUUUCAUUCAGACAAUGAAGGUGUGUUGACAGGAUCCUCAAGACAUAAGAGAAAACAGAAACCUGGUGAGACUGACGGUGAUGACGGUGACUCUAAACGAGAAACCUCAAAGAAGAGGAGCUGGUCAGUUGGUGAAGUCCGGGCUGUGGAAAAGACACUUAAAGAUUUCAUCGAAUCUGGUAAAGUACCAGGAAAAUCGGACUGCAAUGCCUGCAUUAAGGCUUCAGCAGAGGCACUGAAAAAUAGAAGCUGGACUGCGGUAAAGUUCUAUGUUAAAAACCGGGUCACUGCCAUUCAGCGUGAAAGUGCAAAAAUAAUUUAUUGAAACAAAGAGCACUUGAAUGUUUUGUUACGCACAUUCUAUGAUUGUGCAUGUUUUGAUGAUCCAUGUGUUGGUGUGAAUGCGUUCUUGUUCAUGUAUUCAGUACUUGAAACAUUUCGCACUAGUUAUUGUACAGUUCAACUGGCCAUAUACCUACCUGUACACACCAAGUGGAGGAUAAGUGACCAGAUGUUGGCUGUCACUAUGGUUACGUGUGAGUAAUAAAAUCUUGUAAGAUUAACUUCAGAAAGCCUGUCUUGUGUGAGAUAACAUUUACUUAAAGUAAAGUAGAGCUGCUGUUUUUUUCA